GUCUCGGUGGAAGAUACCGACUUUGGCCGGCCGGUGCCGAAGACGGAGCUGAGCCGGGAGCUGCAGAUGCUGCCCUACAUGAUCACCAUUGGGGACGCCAUCCACAACUUCGCGGACGGCCUGGCCAUGGGCGCCGCCUUCUCCGCCUCCUGGAAGACCGGACUGGCCACCUCCCUGGCCGUCCUCUGCCACGAGCUGCCCCACGAGCUAGAAGGCAGAGGCCACCGGGAGAAGCUGGAACUCGUGGCCUCCUUCUCCUUCUUCGGGAACAUCAUGUCCAUGGCCAGCGUGCAGCUGGCAGGCGCCAAGAGGGACGCUCUCCUGCUCAGCUUCAAGGACGCCAAGCUCUCGGUGGUUGAGUACGAUCCUGGCACCCACGAUCUGAAAACGCUCUCCCUUCAUUACUUUGAGGAGCCGGAGCUGAAGAAGUCCAGUUUCCUGCCCAGCUACAUCAUCGACGUGCGUGAGCUGGACGAGAAGCUGCUGAACAUCAUCGACAUGCAGUUUCUGUACGGCUACUACGAGCCCACCUUGCUCAUCCUCUUUGAGCCCAACCAGACCUGGCCGGGGCGGGUGGCCGUGCGCCAGGACACCUGCAGCAUCGUGGCCAUCUCCCUCAACAUCAUGCAGAAGGUCCACCCGGUCAUCUGGUCCCUCAGCAACCUGCCCUUCGACUGCACCCAGGCCCUGGCCGUGCCCAAGCCCAUCGGAGGUGUUGUGAUCUUUGCGGUGAACUCUUUGCUCUACCUGAACCAGAGCGUGCCCCCCUACGGCGUCUCCCUCAACAGCCUCACCAGCGGCACCACCGUCUUCCCGCUGAGGUUCCAAGAAGGAUUAAAAAUCACUCUGGACUGUGCCCAGGCGACCUUCAUCUCCUACGACAAGAUGGUGAUCUCGCUGAAGGGAGGGGAGAUCUACGUGCUGACCCUCAUCACGGACGGCAUGCGAAGUGUCCGCUCCUUCCAUUUUGACAAGGCGGCCGCCAGUGUCCUCACCACCUGCAUGAUUACCUUGGAGCCCGGUUACCUGUUCCUGGGCUCUCGCCUGGGCAACUCUCUUCUCCUGAAAUACACGGAAAAGCUCCAGGAGGCCCCGAUGAGCAUCGCUAAGGACUCUGCCGAGAAGGAGGAGCCCCCCCUGAAGAAGAAGCGCAUGGAGCAGUCCGCCAACUGGGCCGGAGGGAAGUCAGCUCCGCAAGACGAAGUGGACGAGAUCGAGGUGUAUGGCAGCGAGGCCCAGUCCGGCACCCAGCUGACCACCUACUCUUUCGAGGUCUGCGACAGUAUCCUGAACAUUGGGCCCUGCGCCAACGCCGCCAUGGGGGAACCGGCUUUUCUCUCCGAGGAGUUCCAGAAUAGUCCUGAGCCUGAUCUAGAAAUUGUGGUGUGUUCUGGCUAUGGCAAAAACGGUGCCCUCUCAGUCUUGCAGGAAGAAGAUACUCAGGAAGAAGGUACUGAGAAGGAGCCCUCUCCACCUGAGCCAGUGGAUGAUGGGAAGCGACAUGGAUUCCUCAUCCUGAGCCGUGAAGACUCCACCAUGAUCUUGCAGACCGGCCAGGAGAUCAUGGAGCUGGACACCAGCGGCUUUGCCACUCAGGGCCCCACCGUAUACUCUGGCAACAUCGGCGAGAACCGCUACAUCGUCCAGGUGUCCCCUCUGGGUAUCCGUCUCCUGGAAGGAGUGAACCAGCUACACUUCAUCCCGGUGGACCUCGGCUCGCCCAUUGUGCACUGUGCCGUGGCUGAUCCCUACGUGGUGAUCAUGAGCUCCGAAGGCCAGGUGACCAUGUUCGUGCUGAAGAGCGACACCUACGGGGGCCGGACGCACCGCCUGACCUUACAGAAACCGCAGUUACACCAUCAAUCGCGGGUGAUCGCCCUCUGCGUCUACCGGGAUGUCAGUGGGAUGUUCUCCACCGAGAGCCAUUCAUCCAGCUCCCGAGACGAGCUGCCCCUGCGGAGCCAGUCGGAGACCGAGACGCCCAUCCAGGACCUCAGCAACACAGUGGACGAUGAGGAGGAGAUGCUUUACGGCGACUCCAGCACCCUCUUCAGCCCCACCAAGGAGGAGCCACGGCGCAGCAGCUUGCCCUCCGCGGACAAGGAUUCCCACCAGUACAAGGCCGAGCCAACCCACUGGUGCAUGCUGGUGCGGGAGAACGGCACCAUGGAGAUCUACCAGUUGCCCGAUUGGCGCCUGGUGUUUCUGGUGAAGAAUUUCCCCAUGGGGCAGCGGGUGCUGGUGGACAGCUCCUUCGGGCAGCCCGCCAGCCAGGGGGAGACCAAGAAGGAGGAAGUCGUCCGUCAGACCGAGAUGCCGCUGGUCAAGGAGGUCCUGCUGGUGGCCCUGGGGAAUCGACAGAGCCGGCCGUACCUCUUGGUGCACGUGGAUCAAGAGCUGCUCAUCUACGAGGCCUUUAACCACGACUCUCAGCUGGGCCAGGCCAACCUCAAAGUCCGAUUCAAAAAGGUUCCCCACAACAUCAACUUCCGGGAAAAGAAAUCCCGACCGUCCAAAAAGAAGUCCGAGAGCGCGGGGGGCGAGGAAUCGGGAGCCCCCCGAGGACGAGUCGCUCGCUUCCGCUACUUUGAAGACAUCUACGGCUAUUCAGGAGUGUUCAUUUGUGGGCCCUCGCCACAUUGGCUGCUGGUGACCUCUCGGGGAGCCCUGCGCUUGCACCCCAUGACCAUAGAUGGCCCCAUCGAGUCCUUCGCCCCCUUCCACAACGUCAACUGCCCCAAGGGCUUCCUCUACUUCAACCGGCAGGGGGAGCUGCGCAUCAGCGUCUUGCCCGCCUAUCUCUCCUACGAUGCGCCGUGGCCUGUCCGGAAGAUCCCACUGCGUUGCACCGCCCACUACGUAGCAUACCACGUGGAGUCCAAGGUGUACGCCGUGGCCACCAGCGUCAACAACACUUGCACCCGCAUCCCCCACAUGACGGGAGAGGAGAAGGAGUUCGAGACCAUCGAGAGAGAUGACCGCUACAUGCACCCGCUGCAGGAAGCCUUUUCUAUUCAGCUGAUCUCUCCGGUCAGCUGGGAGACCAUCCCUAACACCAGGAUCGACCUGGAGGAGUGGGAACACGUGACUUGCAUGAAGACGGUGUCGCUGAAGAGCGAGGAGACGGUCUCCGGUCUGAAGGGCUACAUCGCCGUUGGGACCUGCCUGAUGCAGGGCGAAGAGGUCACCUGCAGGGGCCGGAUCCUGAUCAUGGACAUCAUCGAGGUGGUUCCCGAGCCGGGCCAGCCCCUCACCAAGAACAAGUUCAAGGUCCUGUACGAGAAGGAGCAGAAGGGGCCGGUCACCGCCCUCUGCCACUGCAACGGUUACCUGGUGUCGGCCAUUGGCCAGAAGAUUUUCCUCUGGAGCUUGAAGGACAACGACCUGACCGGCAUGGCCUUCAUUGACACCCAGCUCUACAUCCACCAGAUGAUCAGUGUGAAGAACUUCAUCCUGGCUGCCGACGUCAUGAAGAGCAUCUCACUGCUGCGCUACCAGGAGGAGAGCAAGACCCUCUCUCUCGUCAGCCGGGAUGCCAAGCCCCUGGAGGUCUACAGCGUGGACUUCAUGGUGGACAACGCCCAGCUGGGAUUCCUCGUGUCUGACAGGGACCGCAAUCUCCUGGUCUACAUGUACCUGCCGGAAGCAAAGGAGAGUUUUGGUGGGAUGCGGCUUCUCCGCCGAGCGGACUUCCACGUGGGGGGCCACGUCAAUGCUUUCUGGAGGACGCCGUGCCGGGGCGCCCUGGAAGGGUUGGCCAAGAAGACCAACGCCUGGGAGAACAAGCACAUCACCUGGUUUGCCACUCUGGACGGAGGCAUGGGGCUGCUGCUGCCCAUGCAGGAGAAGACCUACCGGCGGCUGCUGAUGUUGCAGAACGCGCUGACUUCCAUGCUGCCCCACCACGCGGGGCUCAACCCUCGGGCCUUCAGGAUGCUGCACAUGGACCGGCGCAUCCUGCAGAACGCCGUCCGGAACAUUCUGGACGGGGAGCUGCUGAACCGCUACCUCUACCUGAGCACCAUGGAGCGCAGCGAGCUGGCCAAGAAGAUCGGCACCACGCCGGACAUUAUCCUGGAAGACUUGCUGGAGAUCGAUCGCGUCACCGCCCAUUUCUAGGGCAUCCUGUCUUCGCUGCAACGGAGGCGUUUCGACGUGCCCCAUCUUCUCCCCAAGUUGCCACAUUCCUUGUUGUGUUUGGUGUUUGAUUUUGAUAGAAAACCGUCCAUAUGAGAUUUGUAUAAAACGUUAAGGAUUUGUAAA